AUUAUAGAUGAAUAUUUACUAUCUUUAAGUGAAAAAAAAAGACCUAAAGCAUUAAUUACAGAGAAUAUUGCUAAUAAAUAUUUACAAAUUUUAAAUAAUUCUCAAGAUACUCAUAUUGCAAACCCUAAUAAACCUGUUGCUUUAAAAGAAAGAUUAUAUUAUAUUAUCGCAGAAGAACAUCUGGCUAUUGGACAUGGAGAUGCUAAAGCUAUUUACAAACAAGUAUCAGAUAAAUAUCAUGAUUUAAUCUUUGGUUAUGAACCUCAUAGUAAUUAUGUUCUUCUUGACCAACUUUGGUCUCAAGGAAUUAGAGAUGAAGAAAAUAUUUCUAAUGACGUUCAAAUUGAAGAAUAUUAUGAUGUUCAGUUUGAUAAUGAUAAUGAGGACAAUAUCCAGGUUGAAGAAGAUGAAGACGAUAGCAUAAAUGAGA